AUAAGGGAGUUGAAAAUUUGGAGUUGUUGGGUGGUUUGGUCGGGAGUUGAGAAAGAGCAGAGGAAGUGAAAGAGCUCAAGCCUCAAAUCUAAAAGAAUCUACACAGUAAACAUCACCGUCUCUUCCUUCACUCUUUAACUGUGUGUGGUAAAUGUUAAUUGUUCCGGUGCGGUGACGAAUUUCCCGAUUUCCUUUGCGUGUGAGAAAAGAAACACAAAAACCACAAGCUCAGGAAGACUUUCUAUUUCUCCGUGUGUGUGUGAGGAUGUGGCGGGGGAGGUGUCAUCCUGCUCAGGCCGUCUUGUUUGUGUUUGUGUUUGUGAUUGCCGUGGCAGCGGCUGCCGACGAUGUUAAACGUGAUGACGUCAGGGCUCCCAAGUCUCAAUCCUGCGAUAAUCCCUUCCAGCUGGUGAAGGUGAAGAACUGGGUUGAUGGCGAGGAAGGUCGGGUCUACAAUGGAGUUACAGCUAGAUUUGGCUCUUCGCUGCCUGAGAGCGCUGAAAAUAGUGAUCCAGCCCCCGCCAUUCUCCCUUAUCCUAUCGACUGCUGUUCUGCUUCCACUUCCAAGUUAUCUGGUUCGGUUGCUCUCUGUGUGCGUGGUGGUUGUGACUUCACCACUAAAGCUGCAUUUGUGCAGUCGGGAGGUGCUACUGCCAUGUUGGUGAUAAAUGAUGCCGAAGAUCUCUUUGAGAUGGUCUGCUCCAAUAGCACCGAGGUAAGCAUCUCAAUCCCAGUUGUCAUGAUAACAAAGUCAGCGGGAGAAGCUCUCAACAAAUCCUUGACUUCUGGAAGCCGAGUGGAAAUUCUGUUAUAUGCUCCCCCUCGCCCACUUGUAGACUUCUCAGUCACAUUUUUGUGGUUGAUGUCUGUUGGCACAAUUGUAUGUGGUUCACUUUGGUCAGACCUAACUGCUCCUAAUCAGUCUGAUGAACGCUAUAAUGAAUUGUGUCCCAAGGAAUCUUCAAAUGGUGAAACAGCAAAAGCUGAUUCUGAUAAGGAAAUUGUGAACAUCGAUACAAAGGGUGCUAUCAUUUUUGUCAUAACAGCAUCAACUUUUCUUGUGCUGUUAUUCUUCUUCAUGUCAUCUUGGUUUAUCUGGGUGCUGAUUGUAUUUUUCUGUAUUGGUGGCAUUGAGGGGAUGCACAGUUGUAUUGUAAGCCUCUCUUUAAGAAAAUGUCAAAGUUGCGGUCAGAAGACAGUGAAUUUACCUCUGUUUGGGGAGGUCUCUAUUUUCUCACUUGUAGUGUUAUUAUUUUCUGUGGCAUUUGCGAUUUUCUGGGCUGCUACUCGACAGCAAUCAUAUUCAUGGAUUGGCCAAGAUAUUCUUGGCAUCUGCUUGAUGAUAACAGUCUUGCAGUUGGCUAGACUACCUAAUAUUAAGGUUGCAACUGUACUCUUAUGUUGUGCGUUUGUCUAUGACGUCUUUUGGGUGUUCAUAUCUCCAUUGAUAUUCCAUGAGAGUGUUAUGAUAACGGUUGCUCGAGGUGACGGGGCUGGUGGGGAAGCGAUUCCAAUGCUUUUGAGAUUUCCUCGUCUUGUUGAUCCCUGGGGUGGUUAUGACAUGAUUGGAUUUGGAGAUAUUCUCUUUCCUGGUUUGCUUGCUUCCUUUGCCCAUAGAUUUGACAAAGAUAAGAAGAAGGGAGCAUUAAGUGGAUAUUUUCUUUGGUUGAUAAUUGGCUAUGGCGUGGGCCUCAUAUUCACAUAUUUGGGGCUUUAUCUGAUGAACGGACAUGGACAGCCAGCACUUCUCUACCUCGUUCCCUGUACAUUAGGUGUGACCAUUGUAUUGGGAUAUGUAAGAGGUGAGCUAAGGGGCCUUUGGAAUUAUGGGACAGACUUAUCGUCUUCCUUAGAGCCUUCUGAGGUUUAAGAUAUAUCACACACUGUUGAAUGAAUGCAGUAAGGGAAGGAAACGACCUACUCUUUAUCUUUUGUAUUAAUGGAUGAAUGAUUAAUGGAUCUUCGUUUUGCUGCUACACAGUUCUUGUAUACAUAAGCAAUACGCAGAAAGAAACGUACCUAGGAAAAAGUUUACCGUCA